UUUGCUGGUCUCCCACCUCCUUUCAUGACACUUAAGUCAGGUUCAGAAAAGCAUUUCAUUGCUAUCUCAACCCCUUCCCCUUCUUCCAAACCUGUUGCACAAGAUGCCUAAAGUAUAUUUAUUUCUGUAAGCAGCUACCAAGUACUCCUGAAAUGAAGAUGGAUUUUGUCUUUCAAUGCAGGUAUCUAGUCACAUCCAGGUCCUGGCAAGGCGGAAAGCUAGAGAGAUCCAAGCCAAACUCAAGGAUCAGGCAGCUAAAGAUAAAGCCAUGCAGAGUAUGGCUACAAUGUCAUCUGCCCAAAUUAUCUCUGCAACUGCCUUCCAUAGUAAAGUGACUUUGCCUGGUCUCCCACGUCCAGCCUAUCCUGCAGUUUCUGGGUUUUGGCAAGGGGCUUUACCAGGCCAAGCUGGAUCGUCUCAAGACGUGAAACCUUUCUCUCAGCAACCUUACACUGUACAGGCUUCACUGCCAUUAUCAGGGUUUGAGUCUCCUGGCCUGUCACCUUCCCCAUCAGCACCAGCUUGGCAAGGACGAAGAGUUGCUAGCUCCAAACUUUGGAUGUUAGAAUUCUCUGCAUUCUUGGAACAGCAAGACCAAGACACAUAUAACAAACACCUAUUUGUGCACAUUGGGCAGUCAAGCCCCAGCUACAAUGACCCCUACCUUGAGGCAGUGGAUAUCCGACAGAUUUAUGACAAGUUCCCUGACAAGAAAGGGGGCCUGAAGGAGCUGUUUGAAAGGGGGCCAGCUAAUGCCUUCUUCCUUGUCAAAUUUUGGGCUGAUUUGAACACAAAUAUCGAAGAUGAAUCCAGAUCUUUCUAUGGCGUUUCCAGCCAAUAUGAGAGCCCAGAAAACAUGGUCAUUACCUGUUCCACCAAAGUGUGCUCCUUUGGAAAGCAGGUGGUGGAGAAAGUGGAGACAGAGUAUGCACGCUAUGAAAAUGGACACUACUCCUACCGCAUUCACCGCUCCCCUCUCUGUGAAUACAUGAUCAAUUUCAUUCAUAAACUCAAGCACCUUCCUGAGAAGUACAUGAUGAACAGUGUGCUGGAGAACUUUACUAUCUUACAGGUUGUGACAAACAGAGACACACAGGAGACAUUGCUGUGCAUAGCAUAUGUUUUUGAGGUGUCAACGAGUGACCACGGUGCCCAGCAUCACAUCUACCGGCUGGUGAAGGACUAGAGGCUCUCUGCUCCGAGUCGUCUAUGGGAUGCACGUCUGAGAAAAAAGCCUAUGCUUUAGCAACCCCUGCCCCCUCAUACCAAACUGAAAAAUAAAC